AUGACAGGGAUUGGCUCUUCAUGUGGAGCGUGCAAGUUCCUCAGGAGAAAGUGCACCAGUGAAUGUGUGUUUGCUCCUUACUUUUGUUAUGACCAAGCUGCAUCCCACUUUGCAGCAGUGCACAAGGUGUUUGGUGCAAGUAACGUUUCAAAGCUAUUACUACACCUACCAGUACACAACCGAAGUGUCGCGGCAACCACCAUUGCUUAUGAGGCACUGGCUAGGGUGCGGGAUCCCAUUUAUGGUUGCGUUGCCGAUAUCUUUGCACUCCAACAACAGGUUGCCAACUUACAAGAGGAGAUAGAGAUCCUUGGGAACCAAAUGGCUAAUGUUGCAGUUCGUGCCAGCAGUUGUGGAAGCUCUCAAGCAAAUACCAGCCCAUAUGAUGGGUUACAAUUCUCUUCGCAACAUGAUGACAUGUAUACACAAUAUUAUCAAAACCAACAAGGUGGUCUACUUUCCUAUACUGGAAAUUCGACUGCCAACCAUGCCUCCUUUGAUAGCCAGAUGGAUAUACAGCUCCCUCCUUUAUAUGGAUGGGAAAACCAAAACUUAUUUGAUGACUCUGUUCCAACUAUCUUAGAGAGCCUCAUUGAGGAAAUUAGCGAAGAGACUCCAUGGUUGUACAAGAAUAUGAAUGUCAAAACCUGCGCGGGUCCAAUCUAAAAAUACCACGAAUAGCUUUCGUGUAAACAGAAGGCUUUGUGUUAUAUAAGGACUCCUUUCGGCUUCCUAUGGUAACAGAUUUUGUACUAGGCCUGAUUUUGCAAUUUAAGUAUGCGUAUGACCUGGUUUUUGAGUU